AUGCCCUUAAGCUACCGGACUCCAGCCCCUCCCGCCGUGCUCACGAUAGCUGGGUCUGAUUCGAGUGGAGGUGCUGGCAUUCAAGCCGACCUCAAGACUUUCACCGCCCUGGGGUGCUAUGGCACCAGCGUCAUAACGGCGCUGACCGCACAGAAUACGACGGGAGUGCAGGGUGUGCACCCCUCUCCGCCGGGUUUUGUUGCCCAGCAGGCACGACACGAUUUUUGCUCGCUCGACUCCGUGCUGAGCGAUACCGAUGUCAAGGCUCUGAAGACGGGGAUGCUCUAUGACUCGAGCAACGCUCAAUCCGUUAUCAAGGCGUUGCAAGCGCACUACGGUGGAGGAAGCAGAACAAUGCCGCCUCUCGUCGUCGAUCCCGUCUGUGUCUCGACAUCCGGGCAUGAGCUCCUGCACCCGGACGCCGUCGAUGUCAUCGUCAAGGAACUCUUCCCCCUCGCGCAUCUCAUCACUCCCAAUAGACAAGAGGCGGAGCUGUUCCUCUCGCGAUGCGAAGAUUUCUCUUUGAGGAAGAUUGAGUCGCUCGGAGACAUGCUCACCGCUGCAAGAAACCUGCUCUCACUGGGACCGAACGCCGUUUUGGUCAAGGGCGGUCACCUCACUGCGACUUUGUCCGACGUCGAUAGGUUGCUAUCGACUGAGUCGGACGUGCGCCUCGUCAAAUCCCUGUUAUUGGAUGAGAAGAUGGAGGUACUGAAAGUUGCCCAAAACGUCGCUCAAGAUCCACAACUCGUCGUCGACGUGCUCUGCGAGAAACCAGGAAAAAGUACGCUUUUCGUGCGGCCGAGGCUCGAUUCCAUGAGCACGCAUGGCACUGGCUGCACUCUGAGCGCUGCACUCGUGUGCAUGCUUGCUCGAGGAGAUGAUCUCGCUCGGGCGUUGGAGAAUGCAACUCUCUAUACACACCUUGGGAUCGAGCAUGCGUUCCCAAUGGGCUCCGGCCACGGUCCUCUCAACCACAUACAUUCGACAACUUCCCGGGUUAUCGCGCUGCCAAGUCCCGUCAAUCCUCAUCCGCUCACCUAUGCACUGAUCAAGUCCACGUCCGAUGUGUGGAAAAAAUAUGUGGAGCAUGACUUCGUGAAGCAGCUGGGCUCUGGGACAUUACGGAGAGAAAGCUUUGUUCACUUCAUCAAACAAGAUUAUCAUUAUCUCAAAUAUUACGCGCGUGCAUAUGGGCUUCUUGUCGCCAAGGGCUUUUCCUUUUCCGCGAUGAAACCUGCUGCCCAAACGAUCAUGAACGUUAUCACCGAGUCCGUCAUGCACAAAUCGUUCUGCGCCCAGUGGGGUGUAUCUGAGGAAGAGCUGGAGAACACGCCGGAGUCGGCAGCCACGACGGCCUACGGCGCGUUCUUGCUUGAUACGGGCAUCGAGGGCGACUACGCAAAGCUUGUGAUGGCUCUGGCAUCGUGCUUGCUCGGUUACGGCGAGGUUGGCCUUUGGUUGAAAAAAGAGGCUGCGAAGCCGAAGACCUGGGUCAAGCUGGAAGACAACCCGUACCAGAAAUGGAUCGACGACUAUUCAGGCGAGAUGUAUCAAAGUGCCGUCAAAACGGGCAUAGCUUUGAUAGAAGAUUGCGCCGUGGCGGACCCGCCGAGUGCGAAACGUUUUGAGGAGUGGAAAAGGGUUUGGGCGCGGUGUACUUUGUUCGAGAAGCGUUUCUGGGACAUGGCGAUGGAGUUGUCGUAGGCGUGAAUAGAAGAAAGGAAGAUCGAACACUACUCAGUACUCAAGUGCUCGGGGUGUAGUUCCUUCAUUGACUUGACUCGGAAGUGAUCC